AUUUAUAUAAAUCCUUUUUUUAGGUUCAAAAAUGUUAUUAGCAGUCAUAGUAUCCUUUUUAAUAUCAAAUGGGUGCUGCCUCAACUUGCAUAAAAAUCUCUAUACUAAUUUAGAAGAUAGAGGCAAAAAUGCAAUAUUUGUAUCAAAAAUUGUUGAUAAACUUUCGAUAGACAGAAGAGAAAGGUUUAAGAGAACAUUAACUGAUGAGAACAAUAAAACCGAUGUUAUCACAGAUGAUCAUCAGUACUAUACGUCAACAUACUUUUCUGUUAAUAGACAUGAUUUUAUUGAUUUGACACAAAACAAAAUUAGCAGUUUGAGUGUACAAAAAAUUAACUCAUUAACGUCUGGAUAUCUAAUAGGUACCAAAGUGAACCUGCCAUUUAACUUUACAUUUUAUGGAAAUAGAGUUAAUAGUAUAUAUAUAACUACUGGUGGUUUUCUCAGUGUUUACCCUGACUUUCAUUCCUUUAUUCAUUCAGUUCACUAUAUAGCUCCUCUUAUGGCUGAUUUUAAUUUAAAGCUUAAUAAAAAUUCUGCUGUAUAUUUUGGGCAAGGUGUAGACAUGUUUAUUGUUCAAUGGGACAAUGUUCUAACAGAUGACCCAAAUUUAAGUAAUGAAACAUUCACUUUUCAGGUAAUCAUUUAUCAGAAUGGAUCUUUUUUAAUGAUUUACCAAAAAAUUCCAUACCCUGUGUAUAAGAUAAAAAAUGUUGAUCAUCCUGUAACAGCUGGUAUUGCAGAUGGAUAUAUAAUUUCAUUAACACAAAAUAGCUCUCGAUUUAAUUUUGCUGUGUACCAUAGUUUUGUUUACAAGUAUCAUGAAGUAAAAUUACCUUUAGAAAAAUUAAAAUCUUUUUCUGCAUAUCGGCUAGAUCCUGUUAAAACUUGUUUAGAAUUCACUUCAUGUGAAUCUUGCACUAGUUCUCAUAUUUCAUUUCAAUGCAAAUGGUGUCCGGAACUUAACUUAUGUUCUGAUGCUAUCAAUUGGAAUCGUCAGAUCUGGCUCUCAUCAAAAUGUUCUAUAAGUUCUUUUAGUUCAAUCAGUAAAUGUUCUUUAAUUCCAUCAAGUUCAAAUAUCAAAAUUGAAGUCAAAAAAAGAAGAAAUAUAGCCAGAGCCAAUGUAGUUGGAAUUGUCUUUGGUGUGAUAUUUUGUGUUUUAAUUCUUGUUUUAAUUGCUAUCUUUGCUCAUGCAUAUUUACAUCCGCAGACUAGGUUGGGGAUGUGGAUUAUUGAGUACCGUCCAAGUAGAUGGUUUCUUAAAAAAACUCAUGAAUUUAAUGAGGAGCUUCUCACAUGAUGUAAUGUUUGAAAAAUAGUUUUUUUCGUUAGCAAUUAAAUUUUUCAAGGCGUUUAUAAAAA